AUGUCAGCACGAUCGAUACUACCACUGGGAUUGCUUCUGCCUUCUCUCAUCAUCGCGAAGCCCAUACUGAAGGACAGACUGUCUAAACGAGCCCCAAGCUACGAUGUUCUAGGAGGGGCCAAUUUUCCAGACCCCUCGAUUAUCAACGUUGAUGGCCUAGCCUAUGCGUUUGGCACAGGCGAUGGGGCUGGUAAUGCACUGCCAGUCACCAGCAAUGCCGAUUUUAGCAAUCCUUCAGGCUGGUCCGAAGUCCGAGAUUCAUUCCCUAGCGAUAAUGUUCCUGCCUUUGGAGACAAUGGUUGGGCUGCUGUAAAUACUAUAUGGGCACCAGAUGUCACUCGUCUGACAGAUUUCGACAAUAGCUUCGCCAUGUACUAUGCUGCCGCGCUAAAGAGCAACCCAGCGGUUCACUGCCUUGGCGUAGCGCGCAGCGCAAAUGUUGCCGGUCCUUAUAAUGAUUCCUCCUCUCAGCCGUGGAUCUGCCCUGAAGCAGAGGGAGGCGCCAUCGAUGCCGCGGCCUUUCUUGACGAUGAUGGGACUCGUUAUGCCGUCUACAAAGUCGACGGCCCUGCUGCAAAUGGCGGGGGAUAUUGCGCUAAUACGAACAAUAAGCCCAGUACGCCUAUCCUCCUUCAGCAGACGGAGAGCGACGGGUAUGCCAAGGUUGGCAGUCCGAUAGUCUUGCUGGACAACAACGGCGAAGCGGAUAGAUACCAGACCGAAGCACCUAGCAUUCUCAAAGGCAGCGACGGCACUUAUUUCCUAUUCUUCAGCACGGGUUGCUUCGACGAUAAUUCCUAUACCACCUCGUACGCUACCAGCACGACCGGUGUGAAAGGACCAUAUGGUGACCGGCAGGUUCUACUGCAGCAGGGCGACGGGCAAUUUGGACCUGGAGGGGCCGAUAUUUCGUUCAACAUCGUCGACGGAGGAGAGAUCGUUUAUCACUCCUUGAAGGCCAACAAUGAUAUAGGCCAAGGAAGGGUCCUGAACACAGGCACCAUCACGCUGGCAGGGCGAACGGCGAGGUUAAAUUAA